UACCGUGAUAUCAGGUUUCUGUCAAAAUCGGGCUUUGUACAUUAUGCAUACUUAAAUGUUAACAACUGUAAAGAUUCUAGCAUUUACGGUGAUUUGUGUAAAACAUCAGGUAUGAAAUCUGUUGGUAAAACGAUUGUCGUAUUUUGUGUUCUCGGUUUUCUUAUAAUCUUAAUCCAUUUCAAAUAUAAUUACAUUUAUUAUGGACGACUUGGAAAAUCCAUGUUAACUCAAAGAAGUAAUCGAGGUAAUGACAAUGCAGUGCGCCAGUGUCGGUAUGUCUUUCUGGAUUUGGGUUCAAACAAAGGUGUGCAAGUUCGGAAAUUAUUUGAACCUAAUCUUUAUCCAAACGCUUCUAUUAUCCCCGUAUUCGACCGAGUUUUUGGAAAUAUCUCCGAAAGGCAAAGAUAUGUAUGUGCAUUUGGCUUUGAAGCGAACCCGAGACAUAUGAAGAGACUAAUAUUUAUUGAAAAGUCGUACAAGAAUAAAGGCUUCCAAGUGGAUUUUUACCACCUUGCUGUUUCAGAUAGGGACAAUGACAGAGUCACAAUAUUUUCGGAAACAAAUUUUGAUCUGGAUUGGGGAGCUGGAAUUUUAGAUCAAGCCAUCAACAAUAAGGCAAACAUGACAAAGUAUAAGGUACACACAGUGGAUAUAGUGAGAUUCAUCGUAGAAAUAAUAAAUCCUUUGAAAUCAAAAGCAGUUUUUAUGAAGAUGGACAUUGAAGGCUCAGAGUAUUUGUUAUUGCCUCAUAUGAUAAAGAAUAAGAUUUUGUGCAAAGAUAUCAUCACUUCAGCGGGUAUCGAAUUCCACGAAUGGGCACGAAUACCACUCAAUACGUCUCUAGACUUGAGCAAAUUCAAGCAAAACUUAAACCUACAGUCGUGCGUUCCUACAAGUGUUAUUCCGCUUGACGAUGAAUCAUAUAACUUGGACGUAGUAAUUAAUUCGGAUAGCUGAUCAGUAGCUGACGGCAAAUGAGAAUAUUACUGCCUUAGAACGGUCAGUGAAACACGUGUUCACUGGAGCAUGUGUCUCCUUGAAGGUCAAACUAGAUUGUAUGGCCAUAACAUCACACAACAUGUAUUUAUAAUUUCUAAAUUCAAAAUAUAAGCCUCAUCAUAUAUGCCAUACAAAGCAUUUGACAAGUUUAUUUUGAAAUAUGAUAACGCCUAUUGUGACGUUCAGGUGGUUAGCAAUUUGUGAGUAUGCCUGGGCAUUUGUUUUCCAUCUUAUCUAAUUGAAGUAUAUAUGACGUGUUUACUAUUUUUACAUGAUUACCACGACGUCACGUUUGCCUAUUGAUGUAAGUAUUUACGUCCAUAUAAGUCAAACUAUAUCUUAAUGUAUACUUAUUUGCAAUUAUAUCUGUAACAAAUUAGUGUGCGUGUUUUUAUUGUUUUGCACAUACAUUUAUCCUCAUAUCAUCACGGAUACCAAGUAAAAUUCGGCGUGUUCUUGAAAGGGCUUUUAGAAGCAUGUUUGCAUGUAAUCAGUUACAAAACAAAUAGAAAACAUAUCAAGGUGAUAAUAUGAAAUGUAAACUACAUAGUUUUACAAAUAAAUCGAUACAAGACUAAAAUGGAAAUAAAAACAAGUUAAGAGAUGAUACUUUUCAACAAAAUGAUCUUCUCUGUCGGCACUUUUCCACUAUUAGGCAGAAUGUGAAUUCGAACACUGCAGCUAGUAAAAUGUGAACCCUAAACCCUACCCAAGCAUCAUUGUUUAGUAAAGGAUAACAAGUUCUUGUCAACCGAGCUGGUAACAUACCGUGACAUAUUGUUUUUGUCAAAAUCAGGCUUUAUUCAUUAUGAAUAGAAAGAACUUAACUCUAAAGAA